AUGAGCUCAGAAAAUGAUAGAGAGUAUAAAAAUGAAUUGUUCACUAAACAAAGAGAUUUAUUAAUACAGGAUAUAUCGAAUAAUUUGGAUCAAGUAUAUACAAAUUUAGAAAUAUUGAACAGGUCAUUGAAUGAACUGAUACAAAUUGGUAAAGAAUUUGACGAUGUUGGUAGAUUAUGGGCAACAUUUUAUGAUGGUAUGAAAAAGAAUAAAGUAGGAGGUACCCAAGAUAAAAAUAAUAAUGAAAGAGAAGUUUCUAAUAAUGGUAAUGAUAAUAAUAAUGGAAUAUAA